AUUCAGAAGAGCACUCAGGAGAAUAUUUGGAGAAGCACUUGGGGAAACAUAUAAAGAAGAAAUAUAUAAAAGGAGAACACUUAGAAAAAUAUAUAAAGGAGAAGCACUUGAAAAAAUAUACAGAAAAUAUUUAGAAUUGAGAGAAUAUUCAGCCUUAGGAGAAUAUUCAAACUUAGAGGAAUGUUCAGACUUAGAAAAAUAUUUAAACUUAGAAGAACAUUUAGUCUUAGAGGAACAUUUAACCUUGAAAAAAUAUUUAGUCUUGAAAAUAUUCAAAUUUGAAGAAAUAUUUAGUUCUAGAGAAACAUUUAGACUCAGACUUGAAAAUAUACAAGCAGAGAGUAAAGAGUUUAAGUAUGAGUCUAUUUCAGAUGAAGAGAAAACCCUGCUAGAAAAUAUAGUUACUGCAAAUAAUACUCAAGAAGAAUCUGACAGAAAUAGCUCUAUUCUGAUGGAUAUUGUUUCUAUUAAGCCAAUUACCCUAUUAAGCAAUUAUGGAAAAAAUAUACUAAACAAUGUCAAAAGCACUGCUCGUAAAAGAUAUCUUACUAAACAUGAAGAAUCAACCACUUUAACUAACAAUAAGCUGGAAAGCAAACAAAGCAUGCUACAGAAGAGGAAAAAAGAAAUACAAGCAUAUAUUCAAAGAAGAGCAAAACAAAUUGUAAAUGAUCAAAAGAAAAUGCUAAACAGCCUGCUAGAGUGGCCAUUUUACAAAGUAGUUUUGGAUAAAGUACUAGUACAAAAUCAAGACCAAGAAAUAUUAUUAAAUGAUCUGGUAGAAGUUUUGGAAGAAGUUCAAACCCACUUCCAAAAGCAAUUUGUAGACAAAGAAAAUAGUUACAUAGAGGUUGAGAAACUUUGA